AAUCGACGUUGGUUGUAGCAUAUUUCUAAAGCCAGCCGACCGGUUCUUUAUCGAUUUUGGUCUGUUUCGUACUCCAAUGGCCGUUCCACGUCGGUGUCGGCCAGUUUUAACGGUUUCUGUACACCACUAGUAAAUAUUGUGGAGUAAGCAAGGAGAUGUUUAAAUAUUAAUAUUAUCUGAGAAAUGGAACGUGAAAUGGAAUGUGGAUUGCUAUAUUCCAUUUCUAUAUUCUACAGAUUGGAUGUUUAAGUAGACUUUUCUGAAACAAAAAGGAUAAGGACUGAAUAGUAAGAAAGAAAUGUGAAACUUGAUUGGUUGCUUUAAAGAAAGUUCAAAAAAGAAAAGUCGUAGCACAGCCGGCCGUGGAACUGGAACUUUCACUUUUUGGCAAUGUUUCAUGCUUCCCGAAUGAAUAUUUUAGCCUUCCUUUGGUUUAUAGCUCUCACUUUUUGCCCAUCCGCUUGCGUUGAACCUGGAUGCAGCAAAGAACAGAACAGAGCUCUGUUGGAGAUCAGAAACUCUACACAUGGUCUAGCAUUCGACGAUUUUGACGGGAGUCAUUGUUGUCAUUCACGUCAUAGUAUCCGGUGUGACAAAGAUCAUGGGAAAGUUACCAGUAUCGUUCUAAGCAUGGACCACAUGAAGGUGCCGUCAAUCACAUGGUAUCCGAAUGUGACUUUGUUCACUUUAUUCAAUGAACUGGAGGAACUUGAUCUUGGCAGCAUGAACAUCGGAGGAGAGCUACAAGCUUUUUGUGAACUAAAGCAAUUAAAAUAUCUAAGGAAGUUGUACCUUGGAAUAAUACAUUGGAAGGCAAUAUUUCCUCCUGUCUUGAGAGGUUUGAAAGCCUUGAAGUGCUUGAUCUAUCGCUUAAUUGCUUGCACGGCAAUCUACCUUCAUCGAUUUUUUCUAAUCAGAGCACAAUUACAAAAUUUAAGGUCUCUGAUAAUCGAUUGGAAGGAGAGUUAUCAUUUUCAAUAUUUGCCAACACUUCUAGUCCUUAUGACCUCGAUCUUUCAAACAACAUGUUGGAAGUUGAAACAGAGUCUCCCUCCUGGGUGCCCACCUUUCCGCUAAGAUUUCUGAACUUGGCAAGCUGCAGCCUCAACAAGAAGAAUGGUCACAUUGUUCCAACCUUCAUAUCCACCCAAUAUUUAUUGUCUUUGCUAGACUUGUCCUACAACUCAAUAGAGGGAAGUGUACCUUGUCAACUACUUUUCAACAUGAAUAUCACAAAUUUGUACUUGAGUGGCAACAAAAUUGAUGGUUCUUUCCUUGACUGCUCUACUAAUGGAACUUCACUACUUGAGUCGUUGGACAUAUUUGAUAAUCAUGUCAAAGGCGCUCUACCAAAAAAUAUUGGAUAUAUUCUUCCAAGAUUAAUACGCGUUGACAUGUCCUCAAAUGCAUUAGAAGGCAGCAUUCCUUGGUCCUUUGGUUAUCCGCCUCUCCAUGGUGUAGACCUUUCUCAUAACAUGCUUUCAGGAACAAUACCACAGAGUUUGACUAGAACUGGCACACGACUCAUAUUGCUAGAUUUAUCUAACAACAAAUUGCAAGGACAAAUGCUCCCAAAGGAUGCGAACAUGACAAUGUUGAGGAUCUUACAUCUAAGUAGCAAUCACUUUGGAGGAGUAAUCUCCCCCGCCAUAUUAAAUAGUGCAUAUUUGCUAAUCCUAGAUGUUCGAGAUAAUAACUUAUCUGGUAAUAUUCCAGAGUGGUUGUAUGAUCAUUCUAGCUUGGUAGCACUUAUUUUAGGAUUUGAAGGUCACCUACCUCGAAGACUGUGUCAAAUGAAAACAUUGCAAGGUUUGGACGUCUCUCACAAUCGUCUUUCAGGAGAUAUUCCCUCCUGCUUGGAUAAUAUUACUUUCUGGAAUAAGAGUUCUCCAAGCCUUACUUAUUGGAAUCACUAUAUCGAUAAACUCGUUCUACAGUAUCCCUACUUGUUUAAAGAUGAUUAUAUUCGGUCUUUCAUACCAUCAGAAACUCAAGUGUCUUUCUUCAUGAAAAAUAGGUUAUAUACUUUAAAAGGUCUCCCUCUCUUGAUGAUGACCGCAAUUGACCUGUCAUCUAACCAGUUGACAGGUAGGAUUCCUUCUGAAAUGGGAGAAUUAUCACAGCUUCGUUUCUUGAACUUGUCGAAUAACUCUCUAACAGGUUCAAUUCCAAUCUCUUUUCAAAACUUGAGAAGCAUGGAGUGUUUGAAUCUUUCUCACAACAAGUUGAGGGGGAAAAUCCCUUCUAAAUUGGUUGGACUUACUUCUCUAUCGAUAUUUAGUGUUGCCUACAACAAUCUGUCAGGAAGAAUCCCAUUUGAGUGCCAAUUCUCAACUUUCACAAGCUAAUGCUAUGAGGGUAAUUCGGAACUUUGUGGAGACCCCCAGCCAAGAAAAUGCUUAACCGCAAACCAAUCAGAACCUGAAGAAAAAGAUAGAAUUAGAAUGAUUGAUCACCCUUUCUUCUUCUACGCAUUUGUAACUGUGUCGUAUGCACUUGGGUUUUGGGCUUUUUUUGGGAUCCUAAUCAUUAAAAAGAACUAGAGGCACAAAUAUUUUAGAGCUGUGGAUGGAUAUAUUGAGUCUUUGUUUGAACUGCUCUCUAAGUAUAGGUGAUUAGCAGAUCA